AUGAGUACUUUGAGCUGGAACUGCCGUGGCUUGGGUAAUCCAUGGACAGUUCGGGAAGUUGAGGACAUGGUGUCCCGUAAGAAACCCGAUUUUGUAUUUCUGAUAGAAACCAAGGUUAACCGGGAUCAUGCAGAACGACUUCGGAUUAAGCUUGGUUUCGAUGGUCUUUUUAAUGUUGAUAAUUCUGGAUUGAGUGGAGGCUUGGCAUUGUUAUGGAGAACAAAUAAUACAGCAAGGUUAUUAAGCUAUUCUGAUAAUCAUGUAGACAUUGAAGUGAGUAUGCUGGGUUUUGAUAAAUGGAGGAUGACUGGUUUCUAUGGCUUCUCGAAACGUCCACAGAGAAGGGAGUCGUGGGACCUUAUUCAUUCAUUGGCCAAAAAAUCUGAUCUACCAUGGGUAAUCAUUGGAGAUUUUAAUGAUCUCUUAUUUCAGUAUGAGAAACGAGGAGGAAAUCCCCAUCCAGACAACUUGUUACGGGGUUUUGGAGAAACUAUUGAGGAGUGUGGUUUGACACAAUUGCCAAUGUCUGGAUAUCCCUUUACUUGGGAGAAGGGGAAAGGUACACCAAACUGGAUAGAGGAGCGAUUGGAUAAAGUUUUGGCCACUCAAGAUUGGAGGGAGUUGGUAGCUGAUGCAAAUGUGCAGAAUAUUUUAACCCGGAAGUCAGAUCACUCAGCUCUUUUCCUUGGGAUUCUCAAUCUUCGGGAGAGGAGGGGUGGCCUGAGAAGAGGUUUUCGAUUUGAGAUGGCAUGGCUACAUGAUGAAGGAUGUCGAGCGGUGGUGGAAAAAUCAUGGGGCGAAGGAAGAAGUAGGGGAUUACAGGAGUGUGUCACAUUAUGUGGUGAUCGGUUAACACGCUGGGGUAGAGACCGAUUCCAUAAGUUUGGUGAAAAAAUAUUGUGCUUACGUAAAGAACAGUUGCGCCUCAGAGGGUGUACGGAUCCAGUGUCUCUAGCCGAGUUUCAGAGAUUAGAGGAGUGCUUGACACGUGUUGAAUUACAGGAAGAUACUUACUGGAGACAGAGGGCCAAGCAGCAUUGGCUCAAGGAUGCGGAUGCAAAUACCAGGUUUUACCACAGUUCUCCUGCUAUUAAUGAUGAUUUCUUUGAGAGUAUACAACCACGAGUAACGGCUAUACAGAAUGAGGGGCUAUUGCGCCCAUUUGAGGAGAGUGAGGUAAAAUCUGCAUUAUUUUCAAUGUAUCCUGAUAAAGCACCAGGUCCGGAUGGGAUGAACCCCGGAUUUUACCAACACUUCUGGGAUGUGGUGGGCACUGAUGUUUCUUCUUAUAUCGUGAAUUGUCUGAAUACUUGCUCGUUACCUGGUAAAUUGAAUGAAACAAAUAUUAUUUUGAUCCCAAAGAAGAAAACCCCGGAGAUCGUCUCUGACUAUAGGCCAAUUGCUUUGAGUAAUGUCAUUUACAGGAUUAUGGCAAAGGUUAUUACAGCCAGAAUGAAACCACUAAUGGAGAAUAUUAUAUCUGAGUCUCAGAGUGCGUUUAUAUCUGAGAGACUAAUUACAGAUAAUAUCUUGAUAGCUGCGGAAGUUGGCCAUUAUUUAAACAGGAAGCAAUGUGGACUAACAGGUUUGGGGGCUUUAAAGCUGGAUAUGGCAAAGGCCUACGACCGUAUAGAAUGGUCUUUUUUGCAAAAAAUGCUAAUGGCUUUAAGAUUUGAUGAAAGAUGGGUGGAGUUGUUGAUGAUGUGUGUAACCACUGUGUCUUAUAGUGUACUAGUUAAUGGUUCACGGAGUGAUCAAAUAAUCCCGACUCGUGGUUUAAGACAAGGUGAUCCCCUGUCACCCUAUUUAUUCAUUAUUUGUGCUGAAGAGCUUUCACUAUUAUUACAACAGGCACAGGCGAAGGGAGAGAUACAUGGAUGUAGAGUUGCUAGAGGGGCACCCUCCAUUACCCACCUAUUUUUUGCUGAUGAUAGCUUGCUUUUUUUCAAAGCAAAUGCCCAAGAAGCGGGUGUGAUUAAAUGUUGUUUGUCAGAAUAUGAAAAAAUGUCUGGCCAGGUGGUCAACUAUCACAAAUCGAGUAUUUGUUAUAGUAAAAAUACAAGAGAUGAAACAAGGGAAGAGGUUGCCAAUAUAUUGGGAGUGGUGCAGACUCAGAAUUUUGGGAAGUACUUAGGGCUUCCAUCAUUUGUGGGCAGAAAUAGAAAGGCGGCAUUUUCUUAUAUUGAGGAUAAGAUAAGACAGAGAAUUAGCUCAUGGAAUAAAAAACUUUUAUCACAAGCAGGAAAAGAACGAACCAUGAAUCGAUACUGGUGGAGAUCGAAGAAUGAUCAGGGUAUUCAUUGGAAAGCAUGGGAUAAGCUGUGUAUCCCAAAGAAAUAUGGAGGAUUGGGGUUUAAAGAGUUGCGAGCCUUUAACCUUGCUAUGCUGGGUAAGCAAGCGUGGCGUUUUCUGACACAGCCACAAUCAUUGGUUUCAAGAGUCUAUAAAGCCAGGUAUUAUCCCACUAACUCUUUCUAUGAUGCAUGCUUGGGAAAUAACCCAAGAUUUUGUUGGCGAAGUAUUUUGGCAUCGCAGAAUUUGAUUUGUGGGGGAGUUAGACGCAGAAUUGGGAAUGGCAAAUCAACUUUUGAUAUGGGACCAUCCAUGGUUACAUGA